CUAUAGUUUUUACAUAAAGGAUAAAUACAUGGAUUUUGGGUAGAUAGAUGAUAGAUCCAUCAUCCAGUCCAUCUAGCGGCCAUGAGACACGGUCUACGUAUUCACACGAGAAGAUGUAUACCUGUGUUGUAUCUGCAUACCAGUAAUUUAUAUCUAUCUAUUUCAUUAUAUUACCUUCUCUCAAUCCUUUGAUCUGAGGUACACACUGCUUUCAUUUCAAUUCGACUUGUUUUCAAUCAGUUCCAAUUGCUCCAAACCCAAAGUUCCAACAAAUCCUCGACUUGAAAAGAUUAUUCCGUGAAUUGUUGAUUGAAUACCUAAAUUGAUCGAUUCCAUUUCCUUCUGCAUCUCUUAUGGUUUUGGUUUUGGGAGAGAAAAGGUGAUUUGAUUUGAUUUGUUUGCAUGUUGGAUCUGUUUCUCUCUUGGUAGAUUGAAUCGGUACACUCCUUUUUCUCUCGAUAUAUAUCUUCCUUCUUCAUCAUACAUCUGAUUUGUUGUUGAUAUCAAAUGAGUAUCAUCUUCGAAAUCCAAAGAAUCAUCCGUAUCUUAAUGCACGAGAAUCUGUAGAUGAAUUGUUGAUUCAGAGGAACGACGCAAACACGAAGGGUUUCGUGUCUGUAAAAGGAUCUGUAACGGAUCCAUCAACUGAAAAUAGGGGGUUUGGUUGCACGGCUGUUCUGGAGUGCAUAUUGAGUAUUAUCAGGGCCCUAAGGAUGGGGUCCUGCUUAUCCGGAGAAAGCAGGAGCCCUCACCCAAGCUCUCCAUCACCGACUUUCAGUAUCAGAAAGAGGAAAAACGCUAAGAAAAAAACCUCCCGGAGCUCUUCUUUCAAUUCCCAGAGGGAGGAGCACCUCCACCGGAUUCCCGGAAGAAUGUUCUUAAACGGAUCUAGUCAGGCCGCAUCACUCUUCACCCAACAAGGCAAAAAGGGUACCAAUCAGGACGCCAUGAUUGUUUGGGAGAAUUUUGGAUCAAGAACAGACACGGUGUUCUGUGGUGUUUUUGAUGGGCAUGGGCCGUUUGGUCAUAUGGUUGCAAAAAGAGUGAGGGACUCUCUUCCUUUAAAGCUGAGUGCACAUUGGGAACUGAAUAUAAAGGGAAGUAAUGAUGUCCUACGAGAAGUCAACCUUAAUCAUGAAGUAGAAACUCCAUUAACUGGUGAUGAUGAUUCCAGGCUUCUCAUGGAUCUUGAAAUCAAUAAGAAUCCUGAGAAAUUACAGUCCUUGAAGGACACGUUUUUGAAGGCGUUUAAAGUCAUGGAUAGGGAACUCAGAAUGUAUGCAAAUAUCGAUUGCUUCUGUAGUGGGACAACUGCAGUGACUUUGAUUAAACAGGGUCAUGAUCUUGUAAUUGGAAAUGUUGGAGACUCGAGAGCGAUAUUGUGUACAAGAGAUAAUAAAAGUAAUUCUCUAGUUGCUGUUCAGUUGACUGUGGAUUUGAAACCAAAUCUUCCAGCUGAAGCAGAACGAAUCCGUAGAUGCAAAGGUCGUGUUUUCGCUCUUCAAGAUGAACCGGAGGUGACUAGGGUUUGGCUACCCAAUAACGAUUCACCAGGUUUAGCCAUGGCGCGUGCAUUCGGCGAUUUUUGCCUCAAGGAUUUCGGCCUCAUCUCCGUUCCCGAUAUCUUCUACCGCCGUUUAACACAAAACGAUCAAUUCGUCGUCUUAGCAUCAGACGGGAUCUGGGAUGUGCUUACGAACAAAGACGUUGUGGACAUCGUAGCUUCUGCUGAAUCACGUUCAUGUGCGGCUAGGGCGGUGGUUGAGGCGGCGGUGCGGGCAUGGAAGUACAGGUAUCCGACUUCUAAAGUGGAUGAUUGUGCAGUCGUUUGCCUUUUUCUUUCCCCGCAUUCGAACAAUAAUAUCUCGACGGCUUCCGCCGCUGAUCUGGUGGAUAAAAAGGAGCCGAUCUCUUUGGCGGCGGAAGAAGGAGCCGAUGCAGAUGAUGAGCUGGCGGGAACGCUAGACGAGGACCAGUCGACGAUGGAGACGGAAGGUGGAAUUGACUGGUCUGCCCUUGAAGGCGUGGCACGUGUCAACACAUUGUUAACUUUGCCGCGGUUCGUGCCGGAGGAGGCCGGAAAACAGCCACCGGGAAACAAAAAGACCAAUUGAAGACGACAGAGACGGACGGAUUCUUGGAAAUUUAUUUUCGGAUGCGUUUUGAUUUUUUGUUCAUUGUUGUGGUUUGUUUGAUUAAAAAAACUGAAAAUUGAAAAGGGAAAAAAGAUUAAAGAACAAAAAGCCUCGACUAUAUUAGAGCGUUGGGGCAGAAUCGUAAUUUUGUAAAACCAGCUCUUCUUGGG